UUUCUUAACUGAUUUCAUUUUGUAGGUAGUGACUGAAGCAACAACAAUGAAUCCUGCUAAAGUAGAACUGUUUAAAAGGAUAGAGCCUUCUGAUGAAUUAGUAUCAAUUAAUCAAACACUAGCUCUUUGCACUGAUAUUUUCAGUUCAAAAGAAGAAUCAGUGAAUAAUUUGGAUCAAGUAAAUAAUGUAACAAAUGAAAAAACUUUAAAACCAUUAAAUCUUCAAACGGAUUUAUCAUCAGAAUCACCAUAUUUGAAGUCACUCACCAAUGGCAUUCCUGUUCAAUGUUUUUCGUUACAGGAAGAAAAUAGAAUAUCAAAACAUUAUAGUGUGAUUACUCCUGAUGGUAUUGGGGAACAAGUUGAUGAUGUAUUAGACCUCGAAGAUAUAAAACCACCUGUUCUUCCUUCUGUAGGAGAAUUUUUUGAUGUCCAUAUUGUACAUACUGCACAUCCUCAUUAUUUUAUUUGUCAGUCUUGGAAACAUGGAGCAGAAUUAGAUUUAUUGUAUGAAGAAAUGCAAUCAUUUUAUUCAUCAGAGGAAAAUACUAUUGAUAUGGAUGAUUGCUUAUUAAAGAGAGGUCAGUUUUAUGCUGGAAAAUAUAAUGACGAAUGGAAGAGAGUAUGGGUCAGCGAUAUAAUUAGUGAAGAUAUGGUCUCUGUUUACUUUGUUGAUUAUGGUGGAUUUCAAUUAAUUGGGUUAACAGAUUUGCAACCAUUAUGGAAAUAUUUCCGUUGUUUUCCUUAUCAAGCUAUCCCUGCAGAAUUAUAUGGUGUUGAACCCCGUGAGAAAGAUUGGAAUCCAAUGCAUUGUAUGCAAUUUCAAAAGAUGGUGGAAGGUAAGGAAUUUGUUUCCGUGAUAAAGAAGAAGAUGCCAGACAACAAUACUGGUUUUGUGGGAGAAAAGUUAAGUUUGUGUUUAAUAGAUACCUCUCAUCCUGAUAGAGACAUAUAUAUUGAUAAACUUUUGCAUGAUGCUGGAAUAGUAAAGCUUGUGUUUCAAAGGUAGUUUGCCUUUAAGUAUGCAUUGUAGAAGAAUUCACUUUGUGAUGAUUUCAGUUAUUUUCAAAUACUAUUGUAUAUUUAACUUUGCUCCAACAAUAAUUAAGGAAAUAUCAAAAAGUUGCCACUUCUAAUAUUGAUAUUUAAGAGUGUAUGUGGAGAAAUAAAUGUAAAUACAUAAUAUAUAUAUGCACUCAAAUAUUAAAUAUCUUAGUAGUAAAUUUUAUUGUUCUUAUAACUCUGCUUUUCUCUUUAAAUAUUUUAGAAUUUGUUUUUUGAAAUAAUAACUGAAUGUUCCCAAUAAGACUACUUCAUCAUAAGUUAAGCCAAUUAAAAUAAUAUCUACAGUUCAUUUUCUUAUAAGUAAAUAAGUUAAAAUGUGAAUUCAUUGCAGAUGCUAGUUUUUAUUUAUGCAAAAUAUUCUUUACUCAUGAAAAUGUCACUUUUCCAAUUUUUGUGAAAUUGAUUUAUUUUCAUUUAAAUAUAAUUAAAGAAAUGGGAAAAAAUUCAAAAAUUAUUACAAAUC